AUGGCAACAGGCCUCCGCGGCGCCAUCAGAGCUUGUGUGGGCUCAAGCAUCAAGAGUCUCUUUUCUUUGCCGUGGUCGGGCCUGGUGUUGUUGCGACGCUCCAAUAUGGUUGUGCUUGCAGCUGUCCCGCAAAGUUACCACCGUGCGGGAGACGCGAAGGAAAAAGUGCCCCGUGGGGAAAAAACACAACGGCCGCAAUAUGGCGUCCUUGGCUGCCCCGGCGCGGUUACAUCCACUGGCCGUCCCCCAACAACCACUGCACACACGGUCUUGGCUCUUCUUGGCCCGUAUCAAGGUCCAGUGGCCGACUGA